AUGGACGUGACCAUGGAGGAUGUGAUCGGGGAGCUCGAGAUCUCCGGCUGCAGCUCCAUCACCACCUCCCCCUCCUCCUCCUCCCUCGACGACGGCAUGGGGCUGUAUCCCUGGAAUGCGCUUUCCCCAGUCGGCGACUGGGGCGCCUUCUGCUCCGACGACGGCACCGGCCAUGACCUCCACGGCCUCAUCGAGUCCAUGCUCUGCGACGACUCGCUCAUCGGCGCCGACCACCUGGCCUUGUUCCCGGACGGGCCAUCCUGCUCCAACCCGAGCAGCACCACCACCACGAACCCCGGCACGCCCGUGCAGCUAGACGACCUGCAGCAGGAGUGCAACCCCGAGAAGGGCCUCCGGCUGCUGCACCUGCUCAUGGCGGCCGCCGAGGCGCUCUCCGGCCCGCACAAGAGCCGGGAGCUGGCACGGGUGAUAUUGGUUCGGCUCAAGGACAUGGUCUCCGCCACCGGCGCCAACGCCGGCGCCUCCAACAUGGAGCGCCUCGCCGCGCACUUCACCGACGCGCUCCAGGGCCUCCUCGACGGCUCCCACGCCGUCGCCGGCAGGCAGUCCGCUGUCGCCGCCUCCCACCACAACACCGGCGACGUGCUCACCGCAUUUCAGAUGCUCCAGGACAUGUCGCCCUACAUGAAGUUCGGCCACUUCACCGCAAACCAGGCGAUCCUCGAGGCGGUGGCCGGCGACCGGCGCGUCCACAUCGUUGACUACGACCUCGCCGAGGGCAUCCAGUGGUCGUCCCUGAUGCAGGCCAUGACUUCGCGCCCAGACGGCGUGUCGCCUCCCCACCUGCGCAUCACCGCUGUCACGAGAGGCGGUGGUGGCGGCGCGCGGGCGGUCCAGGAGGCCGGGCGGCGGCUUGCGGCCUUCGCGGGGUCCAUCGGGCAGCCCUUCUCGUUCGGCCAUUGCCGUUUGGACUCGGACGAGAUGUUCAGGCCGGCGACGGUCCGAUUGGUCAAGGGGGAGACGCUCGUGGGCAACUGCAUACUCCACCAAGCCGCGGCGACGACCAGCAUCAGACGGCCGCCUGGCUCGGUGGCGUCGUUCUUGACCGGCAUGGCCGCGCUCGGUGCCAAGGUGGUGACGGUGGUGGAGGAAGAAGGGGAAGCGGAGAAGGAGAACGAGGAGGAGGCGGCGGGCGGCUUCGUGGGCCGGUUCAUGGAGGAGCUGCACCGGUAUUCGGCAGUGUGGGACUCGCUGGAGGCCGGGUUCCCGACGCAGAGCCGGGUGCGCGGCCUGGUGGAGCGGGUCAUCCUCGCCCCCAACAUCGCCGGCGCCGUGAGCCGCGCGUACCGAGGGAUGGACGGCGCCGACGGCGAGGGGAGGCGCGGGUGGGGAGAGUGGAUGCGCGGGAGCGGGUUCAAGGCCGUGCCGCUCAGCUGCUUCAACCACAGCCAGGCCAGGCUACUCCUCGGCCUGUUCAACGACGGGUACACGGUGGAGGAGACGACACCGAACAAGAUCGUGCUCGGCUGGAAGGCCCGGCGGCUGCUCUCGGCGUCCGUAUGGGCGCCGCCGCCGCUCUCCGUGCCGUCGUCGCCGGCGGAAGGGGCGUUCCAGACCAUGGGGAUGGCACCGGCCAGCCUCGGCUUUAGCCGGACGGAGUUCGACUUCAUCGACUCCUUCCUAGUAGAGCCUGCGUACGCGCUAGUCUGA